CUUUAUUAAAAAAAAAAAAAAAACGAGACACGAGAGAGAAGAACGCGAAGAGAGCUUCAGAAGACGAUUUGAUUUUUGUCGAUUUUUAACAACAAACAACAUAGAACAGCUGCGUGAGAAAGAAGAUUUUUUAUUCCCCAUUAAAGAAGAGGUUCGACUCGGAAUCCUGGAGUCAUUCACGAUAGAUUCCGUGAUUGCAACUAAGAGGAAGAUGGCUAUUUAUGAUCAAACCGGAAACAAUAUACCAAAGAAGAGGAAAUCUAGGGCUCGGGCAGAUGGUUUAACAGUGGCUGAUAGAUUAAAGAAGUGGAAAGAGUACAACGAGAUUGUUGAUGCUUCGACUAUUAUAGAAGGAGAGAAACCUAGGCGCAGAGUUCCUGCUAAAGGAUCCAAGAAAGGUUGUAUGAAAGGUAAAGGAGGACCAGAGAAUCCUCACUGUAGUUUUAGAGGUGUUAGACAAAGGAUUUGGGGUAAAUGGGUUGCAGAGAUCCGGGAACCGAACAGAGGAAGUAGACUUUGGCUUGGUACUUUUCCUACUGCUGAAGAAGCUGCUUCUGCUUAUGAUGAAGCGGCUAGGGUUAUGUAUGGUCCCUUGGCUCGUCUUAACUUCCCGCAGUGUGUUGGGUCUGAGUUUACUAGUACAUCAAGUCAGUCUGAGGUGUGUACACUUGAGGAUAAGGCGGUUCUUUGUGGUGAUAUUUGUGUGAAGCAGGAAGAUACAGAUUGUGAAAGUAAACAGUAUAGUCAGGUUUUAGAUUUUAAGGAAGAGUCUGGUGAAACCAGGAGGGACAAUUGUGGGGUUGGACAUCAAGAUGCGGAUACCGUGCUGGAUUAUGAUUUGUUGAAAGAGUUUGAACAGCGGUAUUGGGGAGAAGCUAUGACGGAAGAGGAGAGACUGAAGCAGGAAGAAGAGGAGAGACCGAAGCAGGAAGAAGAGGAGAAAGUGAAACAGGAAGAAGAGGAGAUGCAGCAACAUCAACAUCAGCAGCAGCAGCAGCAACUGGAUUUGCUUACUGUAGGAGAUUAUGGUUGGCCUUGGCCUAAUGAUAUGGAAAAUGAACAGAGUUCUUGGGAUCCUAAUGAGUUCUUUGAUAUUGAUGAACUCCUUGGAGACAUGAGUGAAGGUAUGUUACAUGGUCCUGGUCAGAGCGAGGACCAAAACAACAUAGAUUCUGGUAGUUAUGAUUUGCAUCCGCUUCAUCUUGAGCCACACGACGGUCACGAGUUCGAUGGUUUGAGUUCUCUGGAUAUUUGAGACUUCUGAGGCAAUGGUCUACAAGACUACAACUUAAUCUUUGGAUUGAUCAUAGCAUAAACAAGACAUAGGUGUUAAUGAUCUGAUUCACAAUGAAAAAAUAUUGAAUAACUCUAUAGUUUUUGUUCUUUCCUUGAA